GUAUGAGCACAGUUGAAGAAGAGUCUGACACAGUGACAGUAGAAACGGUGAACUCUGUGACUUUGACUCAGGACACUGAAGGGAACCUUAUACUUCAUUGCCCUCAAAAUGAAGCUGAUGAAGUAGACUCUGAAGACAGCACUGAACCUCCACACAAGAGGCUUUGCUUAUCAGAGGAUGAUCAAAGCCUUGAUGAUUCCACUCCGUGCAUUUCUGUUGUUGCAGUUCCAAUUUCAGAAAAUGAUCAGAGCUUUGAGGUGACCAUGACUGCUACCACUGAGGUAGCUGAAGAUGAGAUUAACGAAGGAACUGUUACUCAGAUUCAGAUUCUUCAGAAUGAGCAGCUGGAUGAAAUCUCCCCAAUGGGCAAUGAAGAAGUGUCAGCUGUUAGUCAGGCCUGGUUCACAACCAAAGAGGAUAAGGAUUCUCUAACAAAUAAAG